AUGAAGGGGCUGUGGGGUUCGCUGGUCCUGCUCUGCCAGGCCGCCGCGCUAUUCCAGUCUGCGGUCAGCGCGAGCUGGAGUGCCAUGUGGUACAUGCCCAUCGCCCUGGUCUCCGCUGUGCUGCGCCACCUGCUGCCUGGCUGCGACGGUCGCUGCGACGGCAGCGCCCGCUUCUACGAGGGCGUCGUGAAGCACUUGCGCAAGCAGCCUAAGGAGCACCGAUUCAGCUACCAGGUGCGCAUGGCGGUGGUGGACCUAGACAACGCACCCAGCUGGUGGAAGCGCUCCAAGAACGAGAACAUGACGGCGGCAGAGGCCCGGCGGCUGGCGGGCACCGCAGGCCCGGUGCGGCUGCUCACCCACCCAUCCAGCGCGGGCUACACCCAGAACCCCAUCUCUGUCUACUACUGCUACAACGCAGACAGCAGCCAGCUGGAGCAGUGCAUAGCAGAGGUGACCAACACGCCCUGGGCGGAGCGGGUCACCUUCCUCUUCAGGUAAGGCAGGGAGCUCCAACUUCAGCUACCACGCUUUCUUUUUUGUCGGCCUCCACAACACGAGCUGAGAGCUGGCAGGAUCCCUCCUCGCUCGGCACACGGCAUGUACGGCGCGGAGGCCUGUGGCCCGUUACACAUCACCACAGCGCCCCCCCACCGGCUGCCACAGCAGCAGCACCACUCAGGCCACCGCCGCGCCUGCCCUUGCACGGCGCAUGCAGGCCCGGCGGCGAGACGGUGCCCAAGGCGCUGCAUGUGUCGCCGCUCAUGGACAUGCGCAGCACGUGGCGCAUAAAGGCCACCGAGCCCCGCGAGCGGCUGUUCCUGUCGGUGGGCUGCUCUCACCCAGAGCACGGCGACUUCUUCCUGGCUUCCUUUGACGCCCGCAUCAGCAGC